AGGGACGCCCAGCGGUCGCUGGGGGCGGGGCCACGGGCCGAGCCGGGUGUGAGGUCCGGUGGCUGCAGGGGUAGGGCGGCACCAUGAAGUCCUCCAAGAAGGACUCUCGCUCUCGAGUCCCUGCUAACAGGGUCUUGGAGCCUACCGAGAACAUCAAAGAAAAGAAGCGGGCAAAGAUACCUGAGCAGCCCACGCCCCCCAUUCAGGAAGAGCCUGAGCCGGUCAGCAACAUACUACAGGGAGACGACAUUCUCGCCUUGGCCAUUAAGCAGGAGGACUUGAAGAAGCAACACAUCCCUCACCGUACUGAAGACAGCCCUACCAUUACCCGCAAAGUUUUCAUCCGUAAACUCAAACCCAAGGAUUCUCAGAGGAAGAUCCGCCGCUUGGUAGCCCAUCCUGCACACCCAGAGGCGACCGAGAGGCCCCUGGACUACUCGGGUCCCAGUGACAGCUUCGAUGGCCGGAGCCAGAUCCUGCCUCACCACAUCCUGGGGACUCUCCAGGACUUCAAGAGAAUUGCAGUUACUCAAGGGAACCCCCAGCUGGCUGAGCUGAUCCGCACCCCGCCCAGCCUCACAACCCUCAUCUCAGCAACUGAGGAGCCAAUGCCAAAGGCCCCAAAGGAGAGGCAGCAGCUCCCCCAGGCCUCUCCUCCGGAGCACAACUUCCUGAAACACUGGCAGUGGCACAUGGCCCUGCGGAAGAAGCAGCAGACAGCCCUCAGUGAGCACCUGCAGAAGCCGAUCGGUGAGCUGCUGAUGCACUCAGGUGAGACCUACAGACAGAUCCAGGAGGAGCGAGAGCGCAUCGACCGCUGGCUGCCAACCCGGCACGAUGGCAAGGACUACAAGGAGACCAGUGCAUUCUGGAGCCCCCUGGAAUACUUGGGAGAUGAGAUGACUGGUUUGCUCAUUACCAAGACCAAAACUCAGCGUGGCCUGGUGGAACCCAUCACCCGUGUCAGGAAGCCCUGUUCCAUCCAGGCAGAGAUGGGAUUACCAGCCCCGAAGGAUGCUGGGUACCGCUGCACCUGGGACCGGAGUCUCUUCCUGAUCCAGCGGCGCCAGGAGCUGCAGAGCCUGAUGGCUGGGCUGGACUUCAGCCAGCAGGAUAUUGAUGGCCUGGAGGUGGUGGGCCGAGGUCAGCCCUUCUCGUCCCUCUCCGUGGAGGACAGUGCGGCAUUUGAAAGGAGCCAGGAGUGCACCUCGGAAGACACAGCCUGCCAAGACUUCUGGGCUGGUCGCGGUGACGCAGCCCCCAUGCCGGUUCUCGGCCCUUCCCUGUUGUUCUGUGGGAAGCCAGCUUGCUGGAUCCGAGCCCGCAACCCCCAGGACACGAGCCAGGUUGGAAUCGGAGUGCGCUUGACCUUCGAAACCCUAGAAGGGGAGAAGACAUCCUCAGAACUGACUGUGGGCAAUAACGGCACCGUGGCCAUUUGGCACGACUGGCGGCGGCGACCCCAGCCGGACUCUUUCCAGGACUUGAAGAGAACCAGGACGCAGCGGUUCUACUUCAACAACCGGGAAGGUGUGAUCCUGCCUGGAGAAACCAAAACCUUUACCUUCUUCUUCAAGUCUUUGAAUGCUGGGAUCUUCAGGGAGUCCUGGGAGUUCCGAACCCACCCCACCCUCCUGGGUGGUGCCCUCCUGCUGGUCACCCUGCAGGCAGUGUCCCUGACUGAGGACAUUUUCAGGGAUGAGAGGAAGUUGCUGGAGAGAAAGCUGGCUGCCCACGAGUCGGUCACCGGCGUGCGCAGUGUGCUGCAGGAGCUGCUGAGGGGGAUCAUGACCCCGGAGCGCGCGCUGUCCCCUGUGGACGCUUACCUGAUAGAGGAGGACUUGUUCCACCAUAGGAACCCUGGGCUGCGUUACCAGCACCAGGUUGUGCAAGGCCUGCACCAGCUGUGGCAUCAGUAUAUGAUCCUGCCUCUUAAGGACAGGGAGCCUCGGCCCAGCCAGGAAGAGCCCCUGAGUGCCCGGACCCUAUCAGCCUCUGCGGAGAAGGCCCCGGCGACUCCUGAGCUCUUCAGUAGUCCGAUCCCAGAGUUCCAGUUGCCCGGGAGGGAGAGCAAGGCCCACAAGGACUCCCGAGAUCCCGCCCUGUCGCAGAAGUCUGUGGCAAGGACCAAGGGUGUCCUGCGCAAGAGCAUCAUGGAGGAGAUUCUGGUGGAGAGCCCGGACUUGGAGCGUGUCAGAAGCCGCUCGGAGCCCGAUGGCUUCUCCUUGCCCGAGUGGAACCUCUGCCUGGGGGACUUCAGAAAGGCCAUGAAGACACUCCCUGAGGAGCCCGAGAGAGAGGAUGCGCUUAUCAGGCUCAACAGGGGGGCCCUGGAGCUGUGUCCCGAGCAGAGGCUGCUGCCACCCUACCACCUGUACCAGCUGAGUUUACUACAGCUGUGGCGAGAUGCGAUCGACAACCUGAUGAUCCAUUCCCUGUGGCUGCGGGCCCUGCUGGGCCUCCCGAAGAAGGAGACUGUCUACACGCUUGCCCUGGAAGAGCAAGAUCAGAAAUCAGUUCCCACCAUGGAAAUGAAGGUGACAGCUGGGAGAGUUGGGAAGGAGGAACGGAAAGGCACAACCCAGGAGAAGAAGCAACUGGGAAUCAGAGACAAAGAGGACAAAAAAGGAGCCAAGACACCCGUGAAGGAGCAGGACCGCGUGAACAGCAAAAAACAGAAGGCAAAGGAGGACAAGAAAGUAGUCAAGUCUACAAGUCGCGAUAAGCUUUCCUUGGAAGACCCCAUGCCUGAUGGUGUCAGGGCAUCUCAGAAGCCCAUCGAUCCCCUGGUCAUGGAGAAAUAUACGCACCGGCUGCAUACAGAGGUCUACGGGCUGCUGAACACACUGGUGACCGACCUGCUGGUGCUGGCUGAUGCGCUCAGCCCAGUGAAGUCUACGGAGGAACAGCUGUAUGUCUAGCGGGAUUGGGCCUCGCCACCUCCUGGGUAACAAUGAGGUCAAUAAAGAACAUUUAUGUUUCCAGCACUUGUGCUGUGCCCAUGUGCUGGGUGUUGGGUGCACACGGGGUCAGUCACUGCCCAGGUCCUCCCAGUGUCUGCAGCUAGCCCCACCUGGCUGGUGAUUGGAGAAGGCCUGGAUGGCCCAGGACCAGAGCAAGUUGGUGGCAGGAUGGGCAAUGCAAUUGGGUGACAGGGAGGCCCUGUCUCAAAAUAAAAAAUAAAAAAGGCCCCUGCAAAGGGCCUGGGUUUAGCCCCCAGUUCUGAAAGAAAAAAUGAAAAAGGAUGGCACUG